AGUAGACUUACCGUUUCGAGAAACAUCAGAAUUCCCGUCUUCCUUGUCUACCAUUGUACAUUAUUAACAACGCUCCGCCGCCUUAAACCCGCGCUCUAAAGAGGAGCCUUCACUACUACCACGCCAACUCUUUAUUGUCUCAAUUCUUGUACAUCUGCGCAUAAUUGUUACUACUACCCACUCAUCCACUCGGACUGAGCCCCCGUCCCCCCUACCAAUCCCUACCACGGUCGCCGCGAUUGGUACUCACUAUUCUACUCUCUUCCACUUUGGUCUUUGCUCGGUACUCGCUCCGGCGUGUAUUCAAAUAUCCAUUGUCGUUUUCAGUUUGCCACUUUCCUCCAUCUAAUCUUGCCCUCCCAUUUUCCUGAUACGACAAAACGCCUACGUACGACUGAGCUCGAUACACUCACAUCGUUCAUUACCAAUCCUCUCUCUGUCGACUAUACAAACAACGGUACAACCCUCUGACGGUUGUAUUUCAACUUUCCCACCGCCACCCAUCACAACACAACCCAUUAGUAUCGUCGCAAGCAGAACAUCAUCAAUCGAUGCCAACGCCCCAAACGACUCAAGCCACCGUUCAGAUCUACUCGUCGAGUCCCACGCCAACGCCCCAGGUUGCCGACCCUGCCUCACAAUCCCCCAUGCUCGCUCAGAGUCAGCUCGGAGGAGGUUGGAACGACGGGUACAACCAAGGCCCCUUCCUCAGCGCCUUACCCAGGACAUUCGACCAACGAUUCCACAAGAGAGGUUCAUCUGGGUCGUCAGUCGCCUCCGCUGGCCCCCCUUCGCCGCUCAACCCAAACGUUAUAUAUCCCCACAUUGUCGCCACCUCAGAUUCCAAUUUUCCCACAUCCUUCGACUUUGAUUAUACCCAGACUCCACACACCGCAAAGUCGGAAUCGACAAUCAUGUAUCCAACACACACUGGCUACGGAGCCAUUGAUAUGAGAAGGAUACAAUCCACAGGUGGCGACGAGCGCUCCUCAUACAACCUGUCGGCGCCUCAGUCAGUGUCGACAAUGAGUCACAACUCACCAUCAACACCUCACACAACCUACGAAUCUCAAGACUACGAUAUGAAGGACCAGAACAUCUAUGGUGAGAUGGACGGCGUUGAUGCGCAAAUGUUCGACUACUUACAGUUCGAUGCAGGCUACCCUUCAGGAACGACUGCUGCCUAUCAACAAGCACUACAUGAUGUCUUUCCAACAGAGUUUUCUCAGCAACAGCUGGCUUAUAACCAGGCACAGCAAAACAUGCAAAGACUCAACAUGGCGGCCGCUCCACAUCGGCAGACCAUGAUGGCGGAAAGACUACAGGCUGCACAACAAGAUCAUCUGCGCACGAGUUCGCCCACCUCGAACCCACGAGAGAAGUCUCCCUUCCGUCAUAACUCGCCUUACAUGGCGGCGCCGCAGCAGAGACAAGCGCCACCAACGCUACAAAAGCAAAGGACAUCAGUCUCGCCAAAGGAAUUGAUGCUGGACGAGCACGACAUUGAUGACAAUGCCACACCACUAUUUUCUCAGGAUCACGCUCAAAGCAUGUUUGGCAACCGUCGCACCGCAUCAAGUCUAUCGCAAUUCUACACACCUGAUUCCUCGAUGCAGGUUCCCCAACAAUACCCGUUUAUGAGUCAGAACCGAUCACCUCUCAACUCGGGCUUGCCAGACAUGAAUCCUGAAUUCCCAGCUCACAUGAUCUCAAUGGAGUCAACAGCAGAUGAAGGUUCUGUUCCAUCGAGUCAACAAUCCGUACAGUCUCGCGCACAGCCUCAAGUCACGCCUCGUCAACAUCAGACAACGAUAGAACGAUCGAAGGACACGUCAUCUGACUCGGGCACCUAUUCGUGCACCUACCAUGGGUGUCAUCAGAGAUUCGAGUCACCUGCCAAGCUUCAGAAGCACAAGCGUGAGGGUCAUCGGCAGACGUCACCUACGUCAUCGCAAUCGCCAAAUCUAGCCCUUCGAAAUUCGCAGGCCGGGCCCCACCGAUGUGACCGGAUCAACCCCAGUACUGGAAAACCUUGUGCCUCGGUCUUCUCACGGCCAUACGAUCUCACCCGUCACGAGGAUACUAUUCACAAUGGCCGCAAACAAAAAGUGCGCUGCCAUUUGUGUACCGAAGAAAAGACCUUUUCGCGCAACGAUGCACUCACUCGACAUAUGAGGGUGGUACACCCCGAUGUGGACUGGGUCGGCAAGCCCAAGCGAAAAUCACCGAAAUAGGUAUGAGGUAUUUUUGGCGCAUCGCAGGUCUGGUCAGUGAUCAGUGAUCACUUUACACCGUUUCCUUGGCCUUUUGGCGUUCUUUGAUCCACCGUAUUUUUCAACCCCGCGCUCACCAGGCAAUUUGUCUGUAUCAUAUGACUGAGCUGCGGACUUGUUUCUGUCAGGGGACAUUUGAAUGGAUUUUUGCCGACGAAUUGAAUGAAUUUUUCUUGGCCAAGCAGGCACGGCGCAUAAUUAAUGCGACGACGAUCGAUGAGGGAUGAAGGGCGAAUUUUGCGUUGCGUUUGCAGAGCAGUGAGGUCCUGCUCAGGUUGCAUCAAUACCAGGCAUUGUCAGAGGUUAACGUCAUGCAUUUUUGCCAGAGGUCAAUCAAUCAGCGGUUUCAAUUUGGAUGAUGUUAUUUGGUUCAGGGUCCCGUUUUGGAUUGGGAUCUGAUCUACGACUAAGAGGCGGUUAUAGAAAAAGUGUCAACAUGGGGGGGUCAAAAAAAGGCAUCGCGUCCAUAGAAUGUACAACACGGUGACGAAUAUCUUAUAACGGCGUUGCUCUCUGGCAACUGGACAGGACAGUAUUGAGAGCUUGACCCCGAAUCAGGGGCUGUACAUAGCUAGAUGAUCAAUGAUUUCUUGUUUUUGUCAACA